AUGAGGGAUUCUCUGGCAAUAGAGGCAUCUUUUUUGCAGAGAGAGGAAGAGUUGCUUUCGAGUUGGUGGGAAGAGUAUGCAGAAUGUAGUGAAGGUCCAAGGGAAAGGUCUGGUUCCAAAUCUAAGUCAGAUCCGCAGGCGAAAGUAUCUUCUUUGGAGAGUGCUCGAUUAGCCCACCUGCAUGCAAUCGAAGAAGAGAGAGUUGGUGUCCCAGUAAAGGGAGGAUUAUAUGAGGGUGGCGAAAAUAAGUUUCGGCCGGCGAGCAGCACUAGGCCUAAGGCAGUCAGUAUCCUUAGCCAACCCCAGUCUCAACCAGUUCAAGUUAGAAUCGACCAGUUCUCACCUGGUUCAGACUCCAGUUCAUUUAGCCUAAGCCCGGUUCUCAUUCGGUUUUGGUCCUUUCUUCCUAUUUUCCUCUAUUUCCUUUAUUCUCUAGCUGGUUCAACUGCUACAGAGAUAUUUCAGUCACUGCUGGUCCCGGUUCAGUAUUUUUCCUGGUUGGUUCAUCAGAGGUCAAAGCAAGAGAAGGUGGUGGAGUGUCCAUUGCACUACUUAUAUGAGCUCGAGAUGCUCUUCUACCGCCUAAGUGUCCUCCUCUACCCCCAAACUAAGGAUGACCAUGUAGAUUUGGUGAAGAGACAUUGUUUUCCAGUUUACUGGAAUGGAGAAAAUCGACGUGUUUUGAGAGGUCAUUGGUUUGCUAGUAAAGGGGGUCUUGAUUGGCUUCCACUUCGUGAAGAUGUUACUGAACAAUUGGAGUAUGCAUAUCAUUGCCAGGUUUGGCAUCGAAGAACAUUUCAACCAUCUGGACUUUUUGCAGCUCGAGUUGAUUUGCAAGGCUCCACUCCUGGACUACAUGCCCUAUUCACUGGAGAGGAUGAUACAUGGGAGGCUUGGCUCAAUGUUGAUGCUUCUGGUUUUUCUAGCGUCAUUAAUUUUGGAGGGAAUGGAAUUAAGUUAAGGCGUGGAUAUGCUCCAUGUCAAUCAUCAAAGCCAACCCAGGUAGUUUUAUUCACUCAUUUUAAGCACUGA